AGCGUAGUUCGCCGGCUUUGGCGCAUGCGCUAUUCCUUUCGACUCCCUUCUAUCUAGCUGCUGUGGGGGUAAGAGACGGCCAAGAUGGCGGCGUCCUCUGUGUGCCGGGCGGCGGGCUGUGUGACCAGCCGGGUCCUUCUGCGAGGGUCCCACUCUACGCCAGCCUUGUGGAGUUUGACAAGAAGAGGAAGUACUGCAUCCUAUGCCCAGGUGCUGCACAACCUUCCCGAGACACAGGUCACUGCUCUAGACAAUGGCUUCCGUAUUGCUUCUGAACAUUCUGGACAGCCUACUUGUACAGUAGGAGUGUGGAUUUCAGCAGGGAGCCGCUAUGAAAAUGGGAAAAACAAUGGUGCUGGCAACUUUGUGGAACAUUUGGCAUUCAAGGGCACAAAGAAACGCCCUGGUGCUGCAUUUGAAAAGGAAGUGGAGAGCAUGGGUGCACACCUCAACGGUUAUACCUCUCGAGAGCAGACCGCUUUCUUCAUGAAAGCUUUAUCCAAAGAUUUGCCCAAAGCGGUUGAGAUUCUGGCUGAUGUAGUACAGAACUGCAGCCUGGAGGAUUCUCAGAUUGAGAAGGAGCGGAGUGUCAUCCUUCAGGAGAUGAAAGAAAUUGAUAGCAGUUUGCCUGAUGUCAUCUUUGAUUACCUGCAUGCCACAGCUUACCAAGGCACUCCUUUGAGCCAAACUGUUGAAGGAACCUCUACAAAUACAAAGCAGUUGACCCGUGCAGAUAUAGUAGAAUACAUUGAGACCCAUUACAAAGCCCCUCGCAUGGUUCUGGCUGCUGCUGGAGGUGUUGAUCACAAAGAACUAGUAGACCUUGCCAAGCAGCAUUUUGGCAGUGUUCCACAUGAAUACAAGCAAGAUGCAGUACCCCUUCUUUCACACUGCCGCUUCACUGGGAGUGAGAUCCAAGUCAGAGAUGAUGCUUUACCUCUGGCCCAUGUUGCUAUUGCAGUGGAAGGGCCAGGCUGGGCCAAUCCAGACAAUAUUCCCCUUCUGGUAGCUAAUGCGGUCAUUGGGAACUUUGACAUCACUUUUGGUGGUGGUAAGAAUCAAUCUAGCAGAUUGGCUACAAUUGCUGUGGAGAACAAGCUAUGUCAGAAUUUCCAAGCCUUCAACACUUGCUACUCUGACACAGGUCUCUUCGGUUUCUAUUAUGUUACUGAUGCUAUGAAUAUUGAGGAUACCCUGCAUUUUGCCCAGGGAGAAUGGAUGCGCCUCUGUUCCAGUGUGACUGACAGUGAGGUGAAGAUUGCAAAAAACCGCCUCCGGAGCACUCUGGCAGCUCAACUAGAUGGUACCACUCCUGUAUGCGAGACUAUUGGAAGUCAUCUGUUGAACUAUGGACGUCGGAUACCUCUGGCAGAAUGGGAUGCCAGAAUUUCUGAGGUUGAUGCCAGAACUGUGCGGGAGGUUUGCAACAAAUACUUGUAUGACAGAUGCCCAGCUGUUGCAGCAGUUGGUCCUAUUGAACAGCUUCCAGACUACAACCGUAUCCGCAGUGCCAUGUACUGGCUCCGUUUGUAAGCUGUUUUAUGCAGAAUGGCAAUGUGGUUAAUGCAUUGGCUCCUCUGGAGUCUAUUCUUGUGGGUUUUUUGUGUGGCAGUGGCAAGAUGGGUCCUGUGAUUGGUGUACAAACAAUCCUCUUUGUGUUAGUGAUGUAUCAGAAAGAGCUAAAUAAAUUAAAUUUAAAUGGA